AUGGAAGACCCUCUCGUUCAGGCGCUGCCUCCAGCAACAGACUACCUGACCUACCUGACGCUAUUGGAAUAUCAAUUAACCCCAGAGCGUUUGCCACUUCUCCACAAGCUCCUGCAAGAUGAGAAGCUUACGACGAACAUCGGUUGGGACCUGGUGAAGCUGCUACUUCCCAUGCUCCCCGCAUCCAGCGACUGUCUCCAAGAUGUUGCGCGACUGGGAAAUCCCCGUGAAGUGAUCUUGCGUGUCUCGGAAUCUCUGAUGCAACUCCAGCCCGAAGAUGAAGACGACGAAGAGGCGAAUGACGCGGGGCUGCCCCUACACAUCUUACAGUUCAAUUGCCUUCUCGGAAUGCUCUCGGUACUCCAUACACGUAUCCAGACCAAGGCACCUAGUCGAUUUAUCGCCACCUCCCUUCAAGCAGCCCUAGAGGCAUACACAUCGAUGCCGACCAACGAGACCACCCUCGCCUUCCUCGAGUUCCUCCGUGCGGUUUCUCCGUCUAAACGACCGGCUCCUCCUCCACGAGCUGCUAGCGAAUCGAGUGUUCUCAAGGUUGCCGCAGCGUCAGCACCAGAUCCCGAGGCAGAGGUUGCGACGCCAUCUCCAUCUGCCGAUAAUGAGACUCUUCUUGUUCGGAAAUUCACACAGUUUGGUCUGCUUGAGUUGCUCAAGUCAUAUCUCUUGAGUUUCUCCGGCCCUGUGGACCCGGGUAUGUCGUGGACUAUUCGCAUGCAGGAGCAGCUCCAUCCCGACCUGCGGCUACCCGCUCAGUCCCAGACUGAUGCAUAUGGAUCUACCAAGGAGCUCAAGGAGCGUGAUAUGAUAAUGGGCAAACUGGUGGCUCUAUCACGUGACGUUGGAAUUGAUAACAAUCAGCUUCUAUCAAUUAUCUCUCAAUCACCCACUGAUCAACCGGCGCAGCUCGACUUCGAGGAGCCACCGAAAAAUCCCGAUGGGAUUCCACUCGAGCGACAUGGCUCACUACUCCUACUGGCAGCUCGGGCCGCAGGAUCUACCCUAUACGCCUCUGGACAGCCGAUGCCCGACCUGCCCGUGUUCCCUAACCUUGCACAGAUCUUCAACUACUUUGUCGGCGGCCACACAAGCCUCGAUGAAAUUGCAUUUGGUCAGCCGCACGCACUACUCGACUCUCUUAUGGCCAUAACGGUCUACGCUUUGCAAGAGCCCGUCAAAGCCGCGCCCAGCGAAACCGAGUUCAAGGAGUUCGUGGUGACCCUUACUGCGUGCACAGCCCGCCAGAGUCACGGCAUCGUUCGCCAAAUUCCGGCCGCGGUUUUCCAAAGCCAUCCAUCAUCGGAAACCAGGUUCAAGCUCAUCUACAAAAUAUUGGAAGAUGAUCGCCUUGUAUCUGCCCGGGAUAGUGCCAUUUCAUGGUUGAAGGAUGAACUGCUGCGCAGCUCCGAUCAGUCAUCCGGCAAUGUCUUCCAAUACCCGCUCUACUUUUGGGCUCUCUUCCCGCAUCUAUUCUCCCCCGUCACGGCCUCCGGUUCAGCGCCCAGCAUUGUCGCAACUUGGACCCGUCUCACCCAGACCCAAGGUCCGCCACUUCACUCCGCACUGAAUCUGUAUUAUCUGCUGCUUUCUUCGCCUUCUCUACGAGAGCAACUUCAGCUCGAAAAGACCGUCAAGUUUUUCCGUAGCCAGGUUUUGGAACCCCUUCGGCAGGUGUUCCACAGCUUCGAGUCCGAUCUCGCUUCCAAGGGAGGCGAGGGUGUCAUUGAAGCUGCAGUUGGCGAGGAGAUGUGCCAUGUCGGUAACGCGCGCUCUGUUGGGCUCAUUGGUCUUACUCUAGAUCAGAUUGAGGAGGUUACAAGUGAUGCCUUUGGUUCAGAUGAAGCCGAUCUCAAUGACCAUUCUGAGGCCGAUGAAGCUAAGGUUUUGGACAUUCAGAAGCGGAUGGAUUUCUGGAAUUAA